AUGAGUGAGAUACAUGCAGAAGAAUCAGGAGAAUUUGAUGGGACACUCGAACACCCCGAGAUGAAUUCAGCCGGUCAUCACGAGUCACCGUCAUUUACACUUCACAAACCACUCUGAAGCUUCGGGAUUCACUUCGGCCCGAAUAAACAUUUUUAAUUCAUCAUAUAAGUUCAUAUAGGGGACAUUUGGAUAGUCAGGUGCAUGCAGAAGAUCACAGAACAUGUAACAUUUGUAACAAAGGAGGACAAGCUGACGUCACUUUAUGAUGGACUGUAAUAUUAUGAAUGAGGAAAUGUUACUAUAAGCGGUUCGGGUUGGAGCGGAACUCUGGAAUUUGGAUCAAAAUGAGUUGUUUCUGUUCGGCUCAAGAGGAGUUUUACUGUGAGGUUCUGCUACUGGAUGAGUCCAAGUUGACUUUAACCACUCAACAGCAGGGCAUAAAGAAAUCAACAAGAGGUUCUGCAGUUCUGGACUGUGUGUUCAGUCACGUGAAUCUCGCCGAAACUGAAUUUUUCGGGCUUCGCUAUUGUGACCGCAGUCAUCAAACGUAUUGGCUAGACCCCUCAAAAACGCUCGCAGAACAUAAAGAUUUGAUAGCAACCGGACCUCCGUAUACACUCUAUUUUGGGGUGAAAUUUUACGCUGAAGAGCCUUGUAAACUGAAAGAGGAAAUUACAAGGUAUCAGUUCUUUCUGCAGGUGAAGCAGGACGUUCUUCAGGGUCGACUUCCAUGCCCAUUUAAUAUCAGUGCCCAGCUGGCAGCUCUUGCCAUUCAAUCUGAGCUCGGAGAUUACGACCCGUACAAACAUACGGCAGGUUACGUGUCAGAAUAUCGCUUUGUGCCCGAUCAGAAAGAAGAACUGGAGGACGCCAUCGAGCAGGUCCAUAAAACUGUCAUGGGUCAGGUGCCCGCAGAAGCUGAACAAAAUUAUUUGGGAAUCGCCAAAACACUGGAAAUGUACGGAGUCGACCUGCACCCUGUGUUUGGUGAAAAACAGUCUGAAUACUUUCUGGGACUGACGCCUGUUGCAGUUGUUGUUUUCAAAAAUAAAACACAAGUCGGCAAAUAUUUCUGGCCAAGAAUUACAAAAGUAUAUUUCAAGGAGACGCAAUUUGAGCUGCGGGUUAUGGGCAGAGAUUGUAAUGAAACUUCAUUCUUUUUUGAUGCUCCCAGUAAGACGGCGUGUAAGAAUCUCUGGAAGUGUUGUGUGGAGCAUCACACCUUCUUCAGAAUGCCAGAAAAUGAGUCUAAUUCAUUGACGAGGAAACUCUCUAAAUUCAGCUCCCUGGGCUCGAAACAUCGCUACAGUGGAAAGACUGCGAUGCAGAUUGGACGAGAGUCUGUAACUGUACCUCGAGCAGACCUGCAGGUGAUCAGAACCCGCAGUAAGACCUACCCGAAGAGAAGCACACAGAACAUCCCUGCAGGACGGAACAAUGGAGGCCAGACGAUCACAAAGAUGGAGAAUACGAGUGAAGUCCAGAGCAAAAUGACAGCACUGUCACCAGUGAAGAGUCCCAAAGCAAAGACAGACUGCAAUUCAGAAGACCAACACAACAAACAUAGUGCACCCUGGGAAGAAGACGCACCACAGAGUGGGCUUUAUAACUCGGCCAGCGAGCGGAACAAAUCUCCCAAAUUCCCCAAAGCUCACAGACGCUCGCCCUCGGGGGGAAACGAGAACGAGACAUCUCACUCCGCCAGACGCAGGAAUUCAAUGGGAGUCUUUGGGACAAGCGUUCUAAAAGGUUUAAAAGAAGAAAUGUGUGCAAGGAAACCAGAAAGCAACACGACAAGAGGACACAGCACUGAAGACCAGCAAACAAACAAACAGCACAGGAGAAGGUCACGUUCCCGUGGCAACACCAGCAGCGGAAGCGAAUCGGAGAAUUCCAAUAGGGAACAUCGUAAAAAGAGAAACCGGUCUCGUCAGGAGAACGAGGUGGUGGAUUCUGGUCCGCAGUGGGAAGUCGUUCUCCGCAGACAGAAAGAGAAAACGGCCAACGAACCGAACCAUCGGCGCUCACGACACCGCUCACGAUCACGCAGCCCUGAUGUUCAAGCUAAAGAACAACUUUGGAAGCACAUACAGAAGGAGCUGGUCGAUCCGUCUGGUUUUACUGAGGAACAACUAAAGGAGAUUCCAUACAAAAAAGUGGAGACACAAGGUGACCCGAUCAAGAUCCGGCAUUCACAUUCUCCCCGAAGCUUCCGGCAGUAUCGACGCUCCCACUGUUCAGAUGGAGAGAGAUCGGUGCUCUCCGAGGUCAACUCUCGGACUGAUCUGGUGCCCCCCCUGCCCGUCACCCGCACUGCAGAUGUGCCCGGUUCCAGCUCGAACCCUGCACAGAAGACGAAAGGGUCCAAAGACAACCUCUCUGAGAGCUCCGAACACGACACGAAAACCAGCGCCAAGGUGGUGAAGACUGUACACACAUCUCGCGUGAAAACAGACACGUGACCGUUUUUUCCCAGCAGACGUGUGGAGGAGGAACAGCGGGGAAAAGUUCGACCCAGACCUGACCAACUGAUCACCAAUCAAAACUCUAUGAAGCUACUUUCAUCAUAGGACAGGCCAUACAUCUGAAUGUUUCUGCACUGGAAGUGUAGUGCUGCGGUUCUGAUACGGUCACUUGAUAAAUGAUGCAACGAGUCAUGCAAUCGUAAAUAGGCUUUUAAACAGGUGGGGUAAAAAACUCCCAUGUCUUGUGUUUUUUGACAUGAAAUCAGUGUGUUCUGUGCAUUGAAUUAUUGCCAUUGAAAUUUGAAUCCAAAAUGGUCAGUUUUCCAAUUCAGCCCAUGUUAUAUUACUGGACGUCCACUGUAAUGUGUGAGUCCCGGAGCAAAACCAGUUGAACCACUGAUUUUGUGUAAUGCACAACCACGUUGCACGCUUAAAAAUUCGAUUAAUUUCCGACUGACAAUCAAAUGAAGGAUGGUGGAUUGUUGGCAUAGCGUACACUUUCUAGUCUUACGGUGUUAUGUGUGAUAGUAUCGUAAACACGAGUCUUUUCGAACACGUUUUAAUACAGUAUUAACGUUUGUGAGUAUGUGGGAAUUAUAAACAGUGCUUUGUAUUGUUAUUAUUAUUAUUGUGCAUUGUGUCCUCAUAUUUUAGAUUAAACUCUGCUGUAGGAAGUAUUGCUGCUGUAUUUCUAUAUUUGGUUUUGCACAAUAAUGUAGCCCUGUCAUUUCUGUUAAAAAAAGCAAACAAAAAAAGUAUCACUGUAGCAAAGCUGGAAACUCAGCGUUGUGAUUUACAACAUGUUUUUGUCAAUAAAUACAUCCAGAUGCAU